UCGGUCCCGGCGUGUCCCCUGCCCGCCCCUCCCCGGCGGGAUGUCGGCCAGUGUCCCUGCAAGCUCAAAUGUGGCUGCUGGCAGCAAUCGUCGUCUUCAGCAGACUCAACACCAAGUAGAUGAGGUGGUUGACAUCAUGAGAGUGAACGUGGACAAGGUGUUGGAGCGAGAUCAGAAGCUCUCAGAGUUGGAUGACCGUGCUGAUGCACUGCAAGCAGGAGCUUCCCAGUUUGAGACCAGUGCAGCCAAGCUGAAAAGAAAGUAUUGGUGGAAGAACUGUAAGAUGUGGGCAAUAUUGAUAGCUGUUGUUCUCCUUAUCAUCAUCAUCAUCAUUAUUGUCUGCAGUGUGCCUUCAUGAGUCACAGAAGAAACUCAGACCGACUGAAGGUGCCAAUCUUCAGCCUCCCACUUCAAACCCCCUGUAUUUUCAGCCCAUUUACUGCUGUUUCAAGCAAAACUAUUUUGAUUACUGAAACGUUAAUUAGCUUCACCCGGUUGCCUUAAGAAGACACUCCUGUCGUUAGUUACUAACCAGCACAGCCCACCCCUUGCACAGUGCCUUGGUGGGGGCGCGGAGCAGCUGCGGAGGACUCGGCUCCGGC